GAUUUAUAUAUGAUGUUUGACAGCAAGCUAAAAAUUUAAAAUCGCGACGGUUUUGUUUAUAGUUUGAAUAUUUUUGUUAUAAAGUAUAUAAAAGUUUUUGAAGAGCUCUAUAAAUUAUCCUUAUGCCUUCAAUUGUAAUGACCGAAAAACAGAAACAAAAAAGAAAAUCCAUCGUACAAAAGAAUUCCGUGGAGGAAGAACAGUCUGAAGAUGAAUUACAUUUAUCAGAUGAUGAUGAUGCUAAUAUAAUAGACGGAAUUCGUAUCCCCCCUGCAACGAAACCGACUUGUUCUUUUGAUCCAACUGGUCCUCGUUUAAUCAUAACUAAAAUCACAAAUAAUUUUUUUAAAAGUUAUGCAGAAGAACAAGUUUUGGGACCAUUCCAUAAAUGUUUCAAUGCUAUUAUUGGACCCAAUGGAAGUGGAAAAAGUAAUGUUAUUGAUUCUAUGUUAUUUGUUUUUGGUUAUAGAGCUACCAAAAUUCGAUCCAAGAAAGUGUCUGUAUUGUUACAUAAUUCUGAUAAGUACAGAAACGUUCAAUCUUGUACAGUAUCAGUACAUUUUGCACAAAUUAUUGAUAAGUCCGGAGAUGACUACGACAUAGUUCCAGGUAGUGAAUUUGUAGUAUCUCGUACAGCUAAUAAAGACAAUUCCUCGUAUUACACAUUAGAUGGGAAGAAAGUACAGUUUAAAGAAGUCGGGAAGUUACUCAAAAGUCACGGCAUUGAUUUAGAUCAUAACAGAUUUCUUAUUCUUCAGGGGGAAGUAGAGCAAAUUGCUAUGAUGAAGUGUAAGGCUGAUAAUGAACAUGAGUCGGGAAUGUUGGAGUAUUUGGAAGACAUCAUUGGAACAAAUCGCUAUAAAAAACCUCUUACUCAAGUACAUGAGAGAGUAGAAUACCUUACAGAACAUAGAACUGAAAAAUUGAACAGAUUGAAUUUGGUUCAAAGAGAAAUGGAAGAGCUGAAAGAACCUAUGGAGGAAGCAGUUGGAUUCUUGAAAACUGAAAAUAAAGUAGUGACAAGCAAAAAUUUUCUUUUCCAAAAAAAUAUAUACUCGUUUCAAAAGAAGUUGGAGAAGUAUGACGAAGAAAAGAAAACUAUUUUGGAGGAGCAACAAGAUUAUGAAGAAAAUUUGAAAAAGCUCAAUGAAGAAAAGGCCGAAAAGGAGAAGAUUUUGAAGAAGAAAGCAUCAACCUACGAGCACCUCAGAAAGCGGAAAGAAGAUUUAACAGAAGCAUUUAAUAAGGCAAAUAAUAAAGAUGUGCAGUUACAGGAGACUAUGAUGCAAACGAAUAACACUAGAAAGAAAACAAAGGAGCUGCUAAUUGAAGAAAAGAAGAAGUUGGAAAAAUUACAGAAAGUUCCUGAAGAAAGUGAAAAGGGCAUAGAAGAGUGUGAAAAAAAAAUUGAAGAAGUUACAGUUAAAAAGGAAAAGUACGAAGAAGAAAAAACGAAACUUUUAUCAACGUUAAGGACGCAAACUGUGGCUCUUCAAGAGAAAAAAGAUGUUCUUCAAAACGAAUUGAUUGGAUUGAAGAAAUCCGUCGAUGAAACCAAAUCUUCAUAUGUAUUAGCUGAAUCUGAAUUGAAAAUAUAUGUGAGUAGCGAAGAAAAUGAAAAAGACAAAUUGGAAAAUUUAAUAAAAGAAUAUGAAACAUCCCAAGCAACCAUCGAAGAAAGAACAAAACAAAUUGGUUUAUUAAAAAAGAAAAUACCAGCUACAGAAAAAUCUCUCAAUGAUGCUUCCUCAGAAUUGAAUGUUGUAAAAUACCAAGAAUCUCAAUUAAUCUCCAACAUAAGAAGUAACAGGGCUCAAGUUGAGGAAAAGAGAAGUUCAAUGCAAGCUUCUAAAUCCAGAGGAAAAGUUUUGGACAGUUUAAUGGCGCAAAAACGCGACGGAAAUUGCCCUGGAUUGUAUGGAAGAUUGGGAGAUUUGGGAGCUAUAGAUCAAAAAUAUGAUGUUGCCAUAUCGACAGCUUGUGGACCACUAGAUAAUAUUGUCGUUGAUAAUGUUGGAACUGCACAGUGGUGCAUAGAAUUUUUAAAAAAGUACGACUUAGGUAGAGCGACUUUCAUAGCUUUGGACAAACAAGAGCAUUUGAGACAGUACACAACAAGCAAAAUCAAAACACCUGAAAAUGUACAUCGUCUUUACGAUCUGAUACAAGUGCAAGAUGAAGACGUCAGAACAGCUUUCUAUUAUGCUUUACGUGACACUUUGGUAGCAGAUGAUUUAGAACAAGCCACUAGAAUAGCUUACGGCCAACAGCGCUUUAGGGUUGUUACUCUGAAAGGAGAUCUCAUUGAAAUGACAGGUACAAUGAGCGGUGGUGGUAAACAAGUAAGUAGAGGACGGAUGGGGCAAUCAGUUCGGGUAUCCAAUGUAAAUCCAAGGGAAAUACAGAGUUUGGAAGAAGACUUGGAACAAAUGGAACAGAAAGUGAGAGAACUGAGGCAGAAACAAGUUUCACUCGAAAGUCAAAUCAACACGUUACAACCUGAGUUGAGGCAAAUGAAAUAUGAUUUAGAGAAAUUUUCAAUGGAAUUAAAGGGGUUGCAACAACAACAACCGAUAUUGGAGAAGCAAAUAAAAGAACAAAAAACUAAAUCCAAAAUGACGAAAGCAAAUCCAGCUCAAGUGAGAAAGUUAACGAAAGUAAUGGAAGAGAAAAAAGAAUUGUAUGACGCCGCCGCCGAAAGGGCAGGUGUAAUUCAAAGCCAAGUCGAUAAAAUCAACGCCGAAAUCGAAGAAAAAACUUCAGGAAAAAUGAAAUUAGUUGAUAAGAAUCUUAACGAGGCCAUUAAAGUCAUAGAUAAAUGUAAAGCUGAGAUUACCAGAUUAAUGGUAGCUGUAACAACCUCUGAAAGAAAUACCAAGAAAUCCCAGCAAAAAAUCAAAACUAUGGAAGAAGAUAUCGUGAAUAUGGAAAAUAGACUUAGACAAAUGAAAACGGAAAGAACAGAAAUAGAGGAAGACGCUGCAAAAUUGCUACAGUGUAUUAAAGAAAUUACCACACAACUAGCGGAAGGAGAAGAAUCAUUUGCAGACCUUAAGAAAGAAGUGGCUAAUUUAGUUAAACAAGAAAAUAAAUUGAAGUCUGAGAAAGUAGAUAUUGACCAAAAGCUAAAAACAGUAAAUGGUAAAAUAAAUGAGUGUAAAAGUGCCAUACAUCAACUGGAAGUCAAGAUAUCUCAUUUGAAACUUCAAGACAUUCCCAACGAAUCAACUGUUGAUCUUGAGAAAUAUACUCAUGAAGAAUUGUUGGAGAAAGACGCAAAAGAAGUAGAAAAGGAAUUGGAAGCUGCGGAAACACACUUGAGAGUAGCAAAACCAAAUCUCAAUGCAAUUGAAGAAUACAGAAAUAAACAAAUGGUGUAUAUUGAACGAUCAAAAGAAUUAGAAGAAAUCAGUAUGAAGCGAAUGGAAAUGAGAAAACUAUUUGAUAAUUUGAAAAGUAGACGUCGCGAAGAAUUCAUAAUCGGUUACAACAUCAUCAAAUUAAAAUUGAAGGAGAUGUACCAAAUGAUUACAUUAGGGGGAGAUGCCGAUUUCGAAUUGGUCGAUACUUAUGAUCCUUUUUCCGAAGGUAUACAAUUCAACGUGAGACCGCCUAAGAAAUCGUGGAAGAAAAUUUCGAAUUUAUCUGGUGGUGAAAAGACUCUAUCAUCUCUGGCACUUGUAUUUGCUUUACAUUACUACAAACCUUCUCCGUUGUAUGUCAUGGACGAAAUUGAUGCAGCAUUGGAUUUUAAAAAUGUCUCUAUAGUUGGAAACUACAUCAAACAAAGAACCAAGAACGCUCAAUUUAUUAUAAUCUCCCUUCGAUCUAACAUGUUCGAAUUGUGUGACAACCUUGUAGGAAUUUAUAAAACUUUCGAUUGCACCAAAUCAAUAACAAUCGAUCCCAGAAUACAUGAUCACAGAGAAGUACCCAGCGAUAAGAUAUUGGUCAUGUCAGAGGACAAACAAACUACUGAUGUCUUUAACAAAGAACAAGAAAUUACAGACGAAAAUGGAGGAAAUGUUGAAAACAUUCCAGUGGAAGAUUCUGAUAUGUCCGAAGAUGGACCAAGUACUUCAAAAGAAAUUGAUUAAAAAUUUUAUAUUUUUGUUACAGAAAUAGCUCUAAUAUUUAAAAAAUAUUGUUAAUAAUUAAAUAGGAAGUGAAUUAAAGUUUUUUCAAACAAAA